AUGGCGUCAGAUCGAAUAGGAGCUCGAAAGGCUCACAGGAGUUCAGAAGGCUCUCACAUCCGUCCGAAUCACUUCCACCGCUCCGGAACCCCGUCCUCUCUCGCCUCCGCCUCCGAGACAGCAGCCGCAGCGAGGAGGGCCGAACGCGAGACCGCCCACCGCUCCGCGCCCGCGGCCUCGAAGCAGUACCAACCGCACUACGCCCUCCACCGAGACGAACCCUUCUUGCCUCCCAGAUUCCCGACCGAACAGCCGGCCAACUACCGCGACUCGAUUGUGUCGAUUGUGGACGACCCGUUCUUCCAGCGCUUCGACGACUACGCAGGGGAGGGUGCGCAUGGAUUUGAGCCGCUUCGGACUCCCACACUCCACGACCCUAACCCCGAAGACGAUAACGAACAAGGCGACGAGCACGAGGAGAUAGGCGCGACGCAAAAAUACGAAAUCACGCAGGAAUUCGAUUUCGACUUCGACUUCGGAUACUUUGAGCUCCGCGAUGACGACAACCCCAACGAGCGCUGGCCGCCCCCAAGAAGAGAGUCGUUGAUAAUAGGACCUUCCUUGUCCUGGCAACAACCAACCUCCGCCGCCGCUGUCGCCGCCGCCAUCAUGGAGAGCCUCAACAUCGCUGUCAUUGGCGCAUCCGGCGUCGGCAAGUCGUCCUUCGUCCAACGAGUCCUCGGUCUGUCGCGCCCUCCCAUAACAAACGCCUCCAGCGUGCGCAUGGUCGUCGACAACGUCACCUACGGCGUAACCCUGAUCGAGCUCGACCUCGAAUACUUCGAAUUGAAUCCUCUGCAGCCUAUCCAGUGGCCCAAGCAGAUUAACGGCCACAUUGUACCUCGCGUAGACGGUGCAUUGAUUAUUUACGAUGUUAUGAACAAGGAGAGCAUGAAAGAGUUGCCACAGGCCACAGCCGCCCUGACGAAAUCCGGUCUCCCCGCGGUCCUCGUCGCCAACAAGUGCGAUCACCCCGAGAGCGAACGACAAAUUGACGCCGCCCGUGUCGCCAACCACGAAUAUUUCAAGUCCUGCGUCGGCCAGUUCAAUCUGUCGACGAGUAGUCCCGAACGGGCGCGAGCCUGCCUGAAUGCCAUGCUGAAAGCCGCUAUCGCUUAUCGCAAGGAAACGCAAGCGUCGGAAGGGGGCUUGUCCCGCCGUCGUGCAGCCUCGGCAGCCAAUCUCGAGGCCCACGACAGCUCCAACGGCCGCCCGCUAAGUCAGCACAGCAAACAUAGCCGAGCGAGCUCUGAUUUGUCGCUCCUUCGAGGUGUCCCCCCUCCCAUCCCCGACCACCUACGCGGCCCACCAGCUCCAGGUAGUCCCCGACUGGCCAACUUCAGCGCGCCAUCAACUUCAACUUUUGGAACAGAGACCAUCGAAGAAGAAACACAACAACAAACCGUAUCGAGCCAGCUGCGGACCCCGGGCAUCCGCCUCGAUCGCGGGCCAACCGACUCAUUCCUCGACAUGGAGGAAUCAGACGCCGAGUCCUUCAGGUAUUCGGAGGACAUCCCGAUCCUGCAGCGGAGCGAAGAAACUUUCCUCGAAAAGCCCAAGCCAACGGGUGUGGCGUUUGACGAAUUGGUUGACCGCCUCAUCGCCCCACGCAUGACCAAAGCAGAUAACAACUUCUCGGAUGUAUUCCUCUGUCUGUAUCGAAAAUUCGCCGCACCAGGCGAGCUCUUCUCAGCCAUCCUCACGCGACUCGAUCGCGUCCGGGACGACAAGUCAGCACACUAUCUGUCAAAGACAGCCACCCAACUCAGGAUCAUUGAAGUAGUUGCCAAGUGGGUGUCAUUGUAUCCCGGCGACUUUGCGCGGCCAGGAACGAGACGGAAUUUGGAGGAGUUUAUCAAGCACCUGUCCACUGAGCCAAUCUUUUCCAUCGCUGCGCAGCAGAUCAAGCGCCAUCUUGAAUUCAGCGUUGUGGAAGACGACGACACGGGCUGGGCGAAAUCAGAUGAAUUGGCGGACCAAGAGGGCAGCAAAGUCUUGUCCAAGGACAAGACGCGCUCAACAUCAGAUUUGUCCAAUGGGAUGAUCACACUCACUGUUGACGAUGCGAUCGAUGAGAGGCCAUCCAACAGCUCUGAUCUGUCACACGUGGACAGGACGAGUAGCGUUGGUACACACGUCUCCUUCCAUUCUUAUGAUGAGUACGAAAGGGAGGCUGCCAACAUGGAGCCGACAGAUGUUUUGCCCAUGAACAAGUUCCGCUACCACAUCUUCAUGGACAUUACAGACGAUGACAUUGCUGAUGAGAUGACACGUAUCGAUUGGGUCAUGUUUUCGUCUAUUCGUAUAAGAGACUUCGUACGGCACGUCAGCCUCUCAUUGGAACUUCGAUCCAAGUGCAAGAGUCUCAAGAACGUAAACCGCAUGAUCAAUCAUUUCAAUCAUGUGGCGAAGUGGGUGGCCAACCUCAUCCUGCUCCGGGACAAGGCGAAGCAUCGCGCCCAGAUGCUGGAGAAGUUCAUGAACAUUGCGCAGAAGCUUCGGCGACUGAACAAUUACAACGGGCUGGCAGCUGUGCUUGCCGGCAUUAACGGCACUGCAGUUCACCGGUUGGCGCAGACAUGGGCGCUGGUGCCACCGGAGGCGCAAAAGUCGUUUGCCAAAUUGGGCAUUCUUAUGGGCACCCAAAAAAGUCACUUUGCAUAUCGACUGGCAUGGGAAAACUCUCCGUUGCCCCGGAUACCAUACAUACCACUCCAUCGGAGAGACUUGGUUUCGGCCGAAGAGGGAAGUAAGACAUUCGUGGGGCCCGACGGCGACAGAGUAAAUUGGAAGAAGUUCGAGGUGCUCGGCGAAGUGCUCCUCCCUCUUAUGAAGAGUCAAGGGACCGCCUAUCCGAAUCUCACAAAGCACGAGGCGGCUCGAGAACUUAUUUUGGACUGCAGGAUGCCAACAGAUGAAGAGGAAAUUUACCAGCGGAGUGUGCAGCUCGAGAGCACGGCAGGAGGCGGUGGUGACAUCAGCAAGAAGAAGUUCCCCUGGUUCGCCAAAUAG